CUGCUGAGCAGGCCCAGACAGUCAGGCUGGGGCUGGCCUGGGCUUGCAGGCCCGAGCCCUGCACAAGGACAGGCUGGCAAGGAGCAGAAGAAAAGGGAGCUUUGUAAGCAGCAUUCUGCAAGGCUGCAAGGCGGUGGAAACAAAGAGAGGAACUGUUUGUAGCCGACCAGACGAACCAAACAAACACUUCCCUGAGGUCCAUCCGAGGACAGCCUGAUGACCUUCACACUGCACCUGAGGGCCUGCCGUCCAUCUGCCCUGAGAAGUUUGAUUCUACAGAAGAAAUCCAACAUGAGAAACACGUCCAGCGUGGCUGGGGGUCUCCAAGCAGCCAGCGUGGUCAUCCUGCACAAGUCUCUGGCUCCAGCCUUUGAGAGCUUCUGCCAGGCCAACCGUGGCCCUCUGCCCCUGCUGGGCCGAAGCCAGCCGGGCACGUGGACAGUGCCUGCCCCAGGCUCCAGGACGGGUUGUCCCCAGUUCCGGAAGUACGAGUUUGGUGCCUGCACAGGCAGCCUCAUGUCCCUGGAGGAGACGUCUGAGCAGCUGAAGGACAUGGUGGUCUUUGGCCUGGGCUGCUGUGACUCCCUGGAAGGGGUCUUGGAGAAGGCGGGGCUCCCCAGGAGAGACCCAGCCGGUCAUGGCCACGCAGGUGCUUACAAGACGACAGUGCCUUGCGCCUCCACUGCUGGCUUUGGCUGCCCCCUGGUGGUCACAAUGAGGCCCGUUCCCAAGGACAAGCUGGAAAGGCUGGUGCAGUCCAGUUGCUCUGUGCAAGGAGCUCCCAUUCACGUGGGCGACCCAGAACUGUUGGGAAUCAAAGAUCUCUCCAGACCUGACUAUGGAGAUCCGGUGGUGUGUCAGCCCGGGGACGUCCCAGUGUUCUGGCCGUCGCAACUGACCAGUCUCGAAGCUGUCAGCAGCUGCAAGACCCCACUGGCGUUUACUAGCGCACCAGGCUGUGCGGUUAUGACAGACCUGAAGGCUAAGGAGGCCAGCGAGCUCACCCCAGAGGGAUUUCCAGAGGUUCACCUCAUUUCCCAAGAUCCUUUGCACUACAGCAUCGCCUCAGCACCAGCCAUUCGGAAGAUCCGCGAACUGGAAGCUAUAAUUGGCAUAGACCCAGGCAACCGGGGGAUCGGGCACCUCCUCUGUAAAGACGAGCUGCUGAGGGCCUCUCUCUCACUGUCCCACGCCCGCUCCGUGCUCAUCACCACCGGCUUCCCCACACAUUUCAAGCACGAGCCUCCGGAAGAGACCGAUGGGCCACCUGGAGCCUUUGCCCUGGCCGCCUUCCUGCAGGCCUUGGAGAAGGAGGUCUCCAUGGUUGUUGACCGAAGAGCCUUGAGUUUGUACGAGAAGCUUGUUGAAGAGGCCCUUGAGCACGGUGUUCUGAACACGCCGAUCACACUAGUAACUUACCAGGGCGGAUCAGCCGGAGCUGCUCAGGCGUUUCUAUGCAAAGACGGGGACCCCGGGUCACCCAGGUUCGACCACCUGGUGGCCAUUGAGCGUACGGGCCGGGCAGCCGACGGGAACCAUUACAACGCGAGAAAGGUGAACAUCAAGCACCUGGCCGACCCCAUCGACGACCUUUUCCUUGCAGCGCAGAAGAUUCCUGGCAUCUCAACCACAGGGGUCGGUGACGGAGGCAACGAACUCGGGAUGGGCAAAGUCAAGGAGGCCGUGAAGAAGCACAUCCGAAAUGGGGACGUCAUUGCCUGCGACGUGGCGGCUGACUUCGCCGUGAUCGCGGGUGUUUCCAACUGGGGCGGCUAUGCCUUAGCCUGCGGGCUGUACAUCCUCAACUCCUGCGAGACCCAUGGACGUUACUUGACAAAGGCAAUUGGGCCCCCCGGAGCUCCUGGGGCGCACGGCUGGACUCAGGCCCUCCCCUCUGUCACUAAGGAAGAAAAGAUGCUGAGUCUCCUGGUGCGACAUGAGGUCCGGAGCGGCGUCACCGGCAACGUGGGCAUGGAGGUGGACGGGCUGCCCUUCCACGGCACCCACGCGCAGAUGGUCCAGAAGCUGCUGGACACCACCGCGGGCCAGGCCUGACCCCGCCGAGCGCCGUAGCACUGGCACAGACCCGCUCCUGGGCCUGGGGGGGGGGGUCCUCAAGGAUCCCCGGCUCCCUCCACAGCAGCAAGUCCUGGCCCCGGGGCAGCGACCACCUCUCCGGGCCUGGGACCCCACACCCCCACUUUCGGGAGGGGACGGGACAGAUGCUGCAGCCCAAGGAAGACUUUCCUGUGGCGUUUCAAGUUUUUGCUUUUAUUCCUCAAGUGCUGCAGGUGUUGAUUUCAAGCUCCCUUCCUCCAGCCACCCCCAGUCUGCUCAGGGUCUCUUCUGACCAGGCAUUUAGGGGGUUGCCACUGAGAAAUAACUGUCAGGCAGACACAACCGUGGGCUCAUCGGGGCUAUGAAUAACACCCCCAGACUAAUUAGGAAAUAACAAAAUGUACAAAUGUGGCGUCACGAAUAUUAUGAAACUCUGGGAUUUCACUACCAGUUUACUCACCACCCCACCACCAAAAUAUUUAUACCUUUGAAAUGCUCUUUCCAGUCUUUGGUUUACUUAAGAUGCCAUCGAAUCUUCUAUUUGUGACUGUUGCCUCUCCCCUGCCCUUCACCCUUCACAUGUCCUGACCCCCCACCUCGAAGCCUGCCCUCCCCCCACACCAUCUGUUCACCUCCAGCUCUGAGCAGAAUGCCUUGGCCUGUCUGCACGGGGGGGGGGGGGGGGGGACAGCCGCACGCCUGGAGUGGGGUUCAGCCAGCAUAUCUAGACCUAGGACUCACAUUGCGCACCCAGACACCCCCGGUCAGGCGUCUUAUCUCUUCACAAGUGCCCCGCACACAUUUCCCAGUGGAGUCACAAGCCGCAGCUGCCCAGACCACAGCCCACUGCGUGCACACACUGAGGCGGGCCAGCCUGAGCGUGGCGGGCUCACGGGAGGCAGGGGGUGCUGGUGCUUCUGCUUCCCAGCUCGGCCCAAGUGUGUAUUGCACCUGCUUAAUUUUAUUCCCUGAACCAUAUCCAGCUGGUUCUUCAAAGGGCUCUGGCUGUGCAACACAGCACACACGCACUGAGCAAGCGCCCCAGGCUGGGCAGGUCCGCGGCCGAUUCAGGCAGAUGGAAAGGGAACUGGGGUACACCCCCGCUGAAGAGGGGACCGGGGCAGGGCAGACCAGCGGGCAGGCAGAAGCCGGGGCUCCCACCCCCCACGAUCUCCCGCUUCGCGGCUGGGCGCUUGCAUGGCCCGUGCACACACUCCCGAGCGCCUUCCUGCACAACACAGUGCCUCGUGCGGUUCUGAGAGCAUUAGGGAACCAGCCACAGGUGGUGGUGCAGAGGCCGUGAGGAAGCCUGAGCAGCUGCGCUCCCUGCACUACAGGAGGGCCCCACCUGUUUGGAGCCCUCACUGCCCCCAGGGCUCUUGGAAACGGCAACUUUAAGCAAAAUGACUAAAGAAAAGCAGAUCCUCCCAUAGUGUGGUUCAUCCACAGAGCCCCUUUCACGGCUUUCUUCUCAACAGACUUAGGAAGAAAUGUUACCAAAGCCAACUUCUUUUGGGGCUGCAGCCACUCAACAGCACAAUAUAAAAUGGGGUGAAAUGCAGUGCUCCCACAGGGUGUGGCGGAGCCCCUGGCCACAAGCAACUGGAGUGGGGUCUGCUCAGAUGCACCCUUCCUCCCAAAAAAAAAACAUACACAGGCCUUUGGUCCUGUGCCAGGGACUCUGGGCUGAAGCGCCUUUGGUAAAAGCUCCAUCCCUCCAUCCCUCCAACUGCGACCCCCACAGCUUGGCUAACUGCCUCAGCUCCCCGCUUCGCUAGCCCAGUCUCUCCCCACUACAACUUGUGUCCCGGAUUUGGGGCUGCAGAGCUCCCUGUAACGGGGAUUUUUGAGAAACACCCUGACAUUUUAAACCUUUCUGACUGCAUGAAGAAUAACAUCCGUCUGGUCAAGUUGCCAGCGCUUUUCUGAGUCAUGUUUGGGGGAAGAAACUAAAGGUUGCUUUUUUUGCACACUAUCCCAGCUAGAGAAGCUUGAGGCCCUUGUGAAAGCUGCCUUCACUGCAGGCAGAAGAUUCAAUUGUGAAAGAGAAAGAGACCCAGAGAGAACAGAGAAGCUGAGGAGGGGUCUUAGCUCUGGAGUAAGAAUGCAAAGCCCUGCCCCCUGCAGAGGUCAAGCCAGAAACCCUGAAGCAGCUGCAAAGUGAAAGGAGGGCUCAGAAAAGACUCCUUAGCAGGGCCCAGUGGUCUCCAGGCUCCUUUAUGCUCUUUCAUUCCACAGUGAUCCCGGGUCAGACCUUCGGGAAGGUUUUGCUCAAGUCCACCCUAGUCUUGCUAGGCUUUGGGGCAGGGCCCGUCUGUGCGGGUGGCCUGGUGAGCACGGCUCCAGCCUGGAGCGGCUGGGCGAGGCGACAGGGUGGAACCUGUCCGGAUGGGCGGCCCAGGUGAGAGACAGUUAGCAGCUUUCAGUGUGCCACCGUCCCAGGACAGUUUAGAUUCUCGUAGACGAAGAAAAUUUGAGAGCCCUUGGUACCAUUCUACAGGACUUUAACGCUGAAUCAGGAGACAGAGCAGCUGGCAGGGAGACAGCAGCGAAGCCCAUGAGCCUCAGAGACGCCGCUGGCCGCCGGUGCUGAGAAGCCCCUUUUAUCCCUCCCGCGUCUCAGCCCAGGUGCCGUGCGUGCCCCACGCCCACGCUCCCCGCCCUGGCGUCCACGAGGCCCAGGAGGCGUGCAAAACCACAGGUGGUAGCCAUGGGGGAGGCGAAAACAGCCAUUUUCCCUAUAGCUUUCUACCCAGGUGAUUUGUGGGGCAUUUCCCAGAAUAUGGGGUGAAACGUGUUAGAGGUACCUGGGAUGCCCUCCGGCUCUCCAAGGGCAGACUGGAAACCUUGGGCACGUCAAGGUGUUCUUGCUCCAGAGACGUUGCAGUUAGGAGCCAGGAAAGUGAGUCAACCACGGGGUCGGGCUCCGCAGACCCCCACUGUCCUCUGGCCACGUACUGCCCCAAGGCUCAGCUGAGCCUGCAUCCCUCUGAGUCACCGCCUGCCUGUCACCACCCAAGUCUGGCCUCUCGCCAGCCCCACCUUCGCCCGGCCUCUGCCCAUUCCAUGUGGCCGCACUGAGUCCAUAAAGAUGGCUACUUCUCAAACUCAAGGGCCACACUGCUCCGCAGAGAUGGGAAGUGCAGCAGUCACGCAGACGCUACAUGCCACCGGUUGACGAGCUGGCCGGAAGAGUCACUGCUUUGACAGCAGCAGGCGGAUGCAAGACCCCUUCCCCUCUGUUCAGGUCAGACCCCGGCUCCAGACCCCAGAGUUGGAGACGCACACAGGCGCCCCAGGUGUGCCCGAGUGGCAGGCUCGUUACGAACAAGACUGGCUCUCCUGCCCACCCGUGACGACGUGUGUGCCUCUUUUUCCUAAUAAAUCUGUCCUUUCAAACGUAACCAAACAAAAGAUACAAGCCCAAAGUUUUUCCUAAUUAUCUAUCUUCCUAAAAACAGGAAAUUGCUGGUGGUCUGGGAGGUGGCAGCCACCCUCGAGUCCAGGCUGGCAACGUCUGUUUCGGAUGCCUGCGAAGUUCUUUGUUCUUUUUGUCCCUCCUUCCGUAUUGUUCCCUUUCUAGAAACUACAGAAUUCACCAAAAUGACCAGAAAGGAGAGGGGGUCGAUUUCUGUGAGCCUUUCAGCAUGUAAUUAAAAUUUGUCUUUUCUUCUGCUAAUCAUCUCUCCGUUGUCAGCUUCAUUAUCUUCCAGCCUACAGACGUAGAAGGUAGAGGAAAAUUAGUUCCUUCCCAACUAGCAUCGCACUGAAGAUGUGGGUUUUAUUCCGAUGAAGUGCCGGAAGUGACACGAAGGAACAACACAGAUGAGCCAGGUGUGCCCCGACUCUGCCCCCUUUUCCUACACACUUGGGAAGACCACCUCUCCCAGCCUCCUUUGCAGUUAGGUUGGCCCUAAUGGGCCAAUGACUUCUGAGCAGGUCACAUCCACUCACUGCUAGACAUCUGC